CCACUCGGAAUCGUGCCUCCUCUUCCAUCCCCGACCCAACCUUUUUCCCAUGGCUUGCCUUCUUUUUUGUUUUCCUUUUCUUCCUUCCCCUUCCCUGGUGGGUGGAUGCUGGAUCUUGUUUUUGAUGGUUUCCUUUUUUUGACCUUGCGAGCUCCUAUCCUAUCCUUCGCAUCCUCCUCCACCUCCUUCCGCACCAUAAACAAAAGGUUGAUCCCUGGGAAACUUGGUAUUUGGGUUGCCAGCCGGAAGAGAAGACCACCCGCGUGCUCCUCUCUCGGGCGGGUUUGGGUUCUUUUCGAGGAGAGAAUGUCGAUGAAGGGUGUGGACGAAGCCUUCCGCGGCGCUGGAGCAAAGACGGGGCUGGAAAUCUGGUGCAUAGAGAAUGGUCAUCCGGUUCCGAUGCCCAAGUCUUCCCACGGGAAGUUCUUUUCCGGGAGCACGUACAUAAUCUUGAGUACUGCUGUGCUUAAAAGCGGACUCACUCAUCAUGAUAUACACUACUGGCUGGGGAAGGAUGCCGAGGAGGUUGACUCUUCGAUGGCAUCCGACAAGGCAAUCGAGCUGGAUGCAGCCUUGGGCUCCCGUGCAGUCCAGUACCGGGAAGUCCAGGGAUUCGAGACACAGAAGUUCUUGUCCUACUUCAAGCCCUGCAUCAUACCCGUUGAGGGAGUUUUCUCUUCCGAGCUGCAAGGUUUGGGAGGCAAAUCCUACCGAGUCUCGUUGUUGAGCUGCACAGGGGACCAUGUCGUUCGCGUUCGAGAAGUGCCAUUCUCUCGUUCCUCCUUGAACCACAAUGAUGUAUUUAUACUCGAUACGCAGUCUAAAAUCUUUCUAUUCAGUGGCCGUAACUCUAGCAUGCAAGAAAGGGCUAAAGCUUUGGAGGUUGUUCAGUACAUAAAAGAGAAUCAGCAUGGUGGGAGGUGUGAAGUGGCAACAUUAGAGGAUGGGAAGCUUGUCGGUGAUUCUGAUUCUGGAGAAUUCUGGAACUUAUUUGGAGGUUAUGCUCCCAUUACCAGGGAUCAACCUUGUGCAGAUCAGAUGGAGACUAUUAUGUCAUCCACAAAGCUUUUCUGGAUUAAUAAGGGAAAGUUGUUUCCCAUUGAUGCCCCUUCAUUAAAUAGAGGGAUGCUGAGUUCAGACAAGUGUUAUAUGUUGGAUUGUGAUGCUGAGAUCUUCAUUUGGAUGGGAAGGAUGACAUUAGUCUCUGAAAGGAAGGCAUCUAUUUCAGCCAUAGAAGAAAUUGUGCAUUCACAUGUGAGAUCGGCAAGCACUCGUACAACUUUCUUAACUGAAGGGUCUGAAAAUGUGAAAUUCAAGUCUUACUUUACUAGUUGGCCCCAAACUCUGACCACCAACUUGUAUGAGGAAGGACGAGGGAAAGUAGCAGCAAUAUUUAAGCAUCAGGGUUAUGAUGUCAAGGAACUUCCUGACAAUAGCUCUCAGCCAUUCAUAGAUUGCUGCGGUGAUCUAAAAGUUUGGUGGGUGAGUUGUCAUGGUGCUUCACUUGUUCCAGCUCGGGAACAGGGCAAGCUUUACAGUGGAGACUGCUAUAUUGUGCAGUAUACUUAUACUAAAGGUGAAAGGGAUGAUCACUUGUUUUAUGCAUGGUUUGGAAAGAAUAGCAUAUUGGAAGACGGAGUUAAUGCAAUCUCUUUUAUGAGCAGCACAGUUGAUUCAACCAAAGGCUGUUCAGCCAUGGCUCAGAUUUUUGAAGGUAAAGAGCCAGUACUAUUUUUUGCAAUUUUCAAGUCACUGAUCAUUUUCAAGGGAGGCAUGAGCCCAGCAUAUAAGAAGUCCAUGACACAGAGAGCACUUGCUGAUGAGACAUAUGAUAAAGACAGGACAGCUUUAUUUCGAGUUCAAGGAACAGGACCUGAUAAUAUGCAAGCCAUCCAGGUUGAUCAAGUCUCCACUUCACUUAAUUCCUCAUAUUGUUACAUCUUGCAAGAUGGAUCUUUUAUUUUCGCUUGGACAGGAAGCCUUUCAUUGCCAAGCGAUCAUGAUCUGCUCAACAGUAUGUUGGACAAGAUAAAUCCCCUGAAACAACCUAUGUUGGUAAGGGAAGGCAGUGAACCGGAUAUCUUUUGGAGUGCAUUAGGUGGAAAAGCAGAGUAUCCAAGGGAAAAGGAUAUCAAAGACUACACUGAAGAUCCACAUUUGUUUACCUGUGUCCUCACAGAAGGUGAUUACAAGGGAAAGGAGAUAUUCAAUUUCACUCAGGAUGAUUUAACUACAGAGGAUGUAUUGGUACUGGACUGCCAUGAUGAAAUUUAUAUCUGGGUUGGCCUACAUGCAAAUGUUACAUCUAAAGAGCAAGCCCUGAAUCUUGGCAAGAAAUUCCUUCAAGCAGACAUUCUUCAGGAAGGAUUAUCAAUAGAUGCAGCUGUAUAUGUUAUUACAGAAGGAAAUGAGCCUCCAUUCUUCACUCGUUUCUUUAACUGGGAUGAUUCAAAGACUUAUAUGCAUGGGAACUCAUUUGAGAGGAAGCUUGCCAUGCUAAAAGGAUCUUCACGAAAUGUGGAGGCACCUGAUAUAGGCUUUCGGAAAGCAUUUAGACGAUACUCUGAACAUACACCAGACGGCUCUAUCAGAAACUUGUCCAUUUCUGACAGGUUGUAUAUGAGAGAUGGGUCAUCUGAAUCUUCCUCAGUAAUGGAAGAGUCAAGUUUUAAUUCAAGAAAAGUUGAAGAAAUCAUAUUGGACAACUGCGAAGAAAAUGACACAGAUGAUGUAUUGGAGAAGUUGCCAUAUGAACUCCUUAAAGUGCCAUCGAGCAUGCCAAUAACGGGCAUAGAUGUAACCAGACGAGAGGCUUAUCUGUCUGCUAAAGAGUUUCAAGAGAAGUUUGGCAUGAGCAAGAAGGCAUUUUACCAGUUGCCAAAGUGGAGGCAGAACAAGCUAAAGUUGUCUCUCGGUCUUUUCUAAAUGUAUAUGGAUGUCUAGUUACUGAGAGCUGUCUCACUGUAAAUUCACACUUAGUUAAUGCCGCUUGACAUUGUGUAUGUAGAGUUGGUAAUAACGAUUCUCAUUCAAAAACUUGUAUGCUCACGGUGCUUGAAGACGCUUCCGUUCGGAGGAUUUGUUAGCCGAUUUUCUGUUCUGUACGAGACCAGAUAAUUAUGGAUUACUGAAUAUGGCAUUCCCAAUGUCA